GCGGGCUGUGCUGCUUGAGACCCCCGGCCGCAGGCUCCGCUGCACGUCUGGGGGCAGGGGAAGAAGGGAAGGAAGGAGCUGAGGUUUGUUUUGCUUGCUUGUUUGCUUGCUUUCCCAGCGUCGAUACUCUCUACCUGGCAGAAAGGAAAAGGGAGAACAAGACUCUUUGUCCGUGCUUCUUUGUUAGACUGGUGGGCUGUCGUAGCUUCCUACAGCUGUUUAAAGUCAUUCUGCUGGGGAAAGAUGGGGUUUCUUUCAAGACUCGGCUGGUAAUUGAUGCUCUCUAGGCAUCGCUGGAGUUUAGCAACAGGAAUCCAGCAUUACAUCUGACCGGCUUGCGUGAAUCAAGAUUUUUUAGCAUCAGUCUGCCCUGACAGGUUGAGGACUCGUAAUUCACCCUGUCUUGUAGCUCUGUCAGCGGUGGAGGCUGUGGUGUGCUUGAGUGACUCCUGGAGCUGCAGGCGGACUGGCAAGUCGUGUUUGUAGAUCAAAUCCUUCUCAGAAAGCUACCCACUCACCCUCAGCCAAAGGAAGAGCAGGUCAAAAUUUAUCUGGUUCACUCGAAUUAGCUUUGUUUUAACCAUCCUGUAGAAGACAAAUAUGAUGCCAAACAGAAGUAACCUCUCCUCCUUUCAGAAUGUUGGAUCAGAUUCCGGUAAGAUUAUGGCAGAGUAUAGCCACACACAAAACCAGAUGGAAUUACAAAAUGCUAGUUUGGGAAAGGGUUCUGUGAUGAAUUCACUUGAAAAUGGUCUCCAGGAUAUUAUGGAAAACCUCAACCCGAAGAAAUAUUCGUCAAGUCUCAAAUUUAAAACAAAUGGGGACUAUGCUGGUUCUUAUUUAACCCUUUCACAACCUGUGCCCACUAAACCAAAUCCUUCCUCCAAUGUUAAAAGUACACACUCGAUCACCAAAAUUCAGGGAGGUAAGCUGUUCCCUUGUGAGAACCCGUAUCUUUCAGAUAAAAGCAUCCCUGUAAAGCAUUUGAGUUCUGUAUCUGGCACUUCUCCAUCCUUCAGCGGGUACAGUUUGGGAAGGACAGACUUUGAUAUCCACGUCAACAGAGAAAAUGAAAAAUCGCUUGGACAUGUGGAUAAGUUUCACUACUCAAAGUACGGUCAAAAAAACAAAUCAUACGACAAUGUCUACUUCCCAGGAAUGCUGGACACGAAGAAGAUCUCAGGCUCUCUUCUUACAAUGUGGAAUGGAAGCUCAGGGAGUGAACUGAUGCUUUCACCUGUAAGCAAUUCAGGGGCAGCCAGCAUGCCUUCGAGCCCAAAGCAAGGCAGGAGGAUGAAUAUUCCAGACAACCUGGCCCUUCAUGUGAGACCAGUUAAACACAAGGAUGUGGUGACAGAGCCUCUGGGUUCACGACCUAGGAAAUACUCUGGCGGAUCUCUAAGUCAUAUGGGAAUGUACAGUCGUUCCCUACCCAGACUUUAUAAAUCAACAGAAAGCCAGUUGGUGCCAUUAAGUUUGCCUCCGAGAAACUCUCUGGGUAAUACUAAAAGGAAAAAAAUUGGAGAAAAAGAUCUACCUCAGAACGCUUUAGAUGCUGAUAAUUACCUGAAUUUUUCUUCUUGCAGCUCAGGGGUUUUGCCACAUGCAAGUUCUGUGUCUGAGAAUAAUCCUUAUGUUAGUUCGACUCUUAGUGUUCCUCCAAGCCCUCGAGUUGCUAAAAAAAUGCUUUUAGCUUCUUCUUCCUCCUUCCUUUCUGAUGAUUUUGAUAGACUUGGGCUCUCAGGAACAAGUCCCAGUAAUUCUUUCUCCCCUGUGGAUUUUGACAGAUCAUUCUCUGUCAGAAGAAACCUUUCCACUAGUUCCAUAGAAUUUGAUGAAAUGGAUUUGGAAAGUUUCAGACAGACACCAAACUCACUCCCAACUUCUGCAAGAGAGCGGAAGAACAGCAUUAGUUCCAUUUCUGGAAGAGAUGACCUCAUGGACUAUCACAGGAGGCAGAGGGAAGAGAGACUUAGAGAGCAAGAGAUGGAACGUCUGGAGCGUCAGCGGCUGGAGACAAUCCUCAGUUUGUGUGCAGAAUACUCCAAAUCUGACAGCGACCCUGCUGCAGCUACAACGGUUGCUGAUGUUCAAAAAAUUAACAAAGAACUUGAAAAACUUCAGCUAUCAGAUGAAGAUUCGGUGUUUGAAGAUUCACAGAUGAAUCUCGAAACAAGGUUUAGAAACCACCUGAAAUCAUCUGCAAGUGAUUCAGAUUUUUCAGAGCUGAGUAAUCACAGUCGCAGUGCUGGUGCUUUCCUUUCCUCUAGAGGGUUGAAAGCUGAUGAACACUUCAAUGAAACCAGGAAGACUCCGCCUUUAGCUCCUUCUGGCUUCCUGAAGGAUUCCACUGAAUCUUCCUACCUAAGUAUCACGCCAAAGGUACCAGAAUGCCUAAGUGAUGAGCAAAGAGGGCAGGAGCUCGCUCGACUGGAGGAGGAGCGCAUAGCAAUAUUAAAUAAUUUGGAAGAACUUGAACAGAAGAUCAAAGAUUUAAAUGACCAGAUGGAUGAAUCCUCAAGAGAGUUGGAUAUGGAAUGUGCCCUUUUGGAUGGGGAACAGAAAUCUGAAACAACAGAGCUUCUGAAAGAGAAGGAAAUUUUGGAUCAUCUAAACAGGAAAAUAGCUGAGCUGGAGAGAAAUGUUAUUGGUGAAAAGACAAAGGAAAAAUUAAAACUUGAUGCUGAGAGGGAAAAACUAGAGAGGCUUCAGGAGCUUUACUCCGAGCAGAAGACGCAGCUUGAUAAUUGCCCUGAGUCCAUGAGGGAACAAUUACAGCAGCAGCUCAAGAGGGAUGCUGAUCUAUUGGACAUAGAAAGCAAACAUUUUGAAGAUUUGGAAUUUCAGCAGCUUGAACAUGAGAGCAGGUUAGAUGAAGAGAAAGAAAACCUGACACAACAGCUCCUGCGUGAAGUAGCUGAAUAUCAGCGUAGCAUUGUCAGUAGAAAGGAAAAGAUUUCUGCUCUCAAAAAGCAAGCCACUCAUAUUGUCCAACAAGCACAAAGAGAACAAGAUCAUUUUGUAAAAGAGAAAAAUAACUUAAUAAUGAUGCUGCAAAGGGAAAAAGAGAAUCUCUGUAAUCUGGAAAAGAAAUAUUCUUCACUUUCUGGAGGAAAGGGAUUUCCUGUCAGUCCCAAUAGUCUAAAAGAGGGCUAUAUCAGUGUAAGUGAAAUUAGUGAGCUGUAUGGCAAUUCCACGAAUAUAUCCCCUUCCACUCAGCCCCCCACAGAUGCUGAAGCAGUUGCCACUGAGCCUUCCACGGCUGUGCUGACGAGCCAGCCACAAAAUAAAGAGCUAAGAUCACCUCUCUGUUCUGGAUUUGUGUUUCCUCACUCUCUUUCUCCUCGCUCUAUUGCUCAACUUCCAUCAGUCCAUUGGCCUGAGGUCAUGGCUACUCAUGUAGAUCCUAUUCCUUUAUCUGAUACACCUCCUCCUCUGCCAGCUAAGAAACACCGCAGGCAACCACAGCAUUUCAGAAAUCUGGAAGAACGAAAGAAACAGCACAGGGAAUGCAUGUAUAUGAGCGAUACUUUACCUCGCAAGAAAACGACUCCGUCUGUAUCACCGCACUUCAACAGCGCUACUCUUGGACGAAGCGUUACAUCUAAAGGACAUUUACCACUAGGACAGAGCAACAGUUGUGGUAGCGUACUUCCUCACUGCCUGGCGACGAUAACCAAAGAGUCGGAAUCAAGAAGGAUGCACAAAGGAAAAGCCAAAAAAGGGUAUAACCAUCAACGUAUAUGCGAAGAACACAGGCAGAAAUCUCCUGAAUUCUACAGCAGAACUGCAUCUGAAUCUAACGUGUAUUUGAAUAGUUUCCAUUACCCAGAUCGGAGUUACAAGGACCAUGCCUUUGAUACAUUAAGCUUAGACAGUUCUGACAGUAUGGAGACAAGCAUAUCGGCGUGCUCACCAGAUAACAUUUCCAGUGCAAGCACUUCAAAUGUUGCAAGAAUAGAAGAGAUGGAGAGACUUUUGAAACAAGCACAUGCUGAAAAGACCAGGCUGCUUGAGACCAGGGAACGGGAGAUGGAAGCUAAAAAACGAGCUCUGGAAGAAGAGAAACGACGCAGAGAGCAACUGGAGAAAAGACUGGAAGAAGAAACCAGCCAGAGGCAAAAAUUAAUUGAAAAGGAAGUUAAGAUACGUGAGAAACAAAGAGCACAGGCUCGUCCCUUGACUCGCUAUUUGCCCAUUAGAAAAGAAGACUUUGAUUUGCGAAGUCACAUUGAAACAGCUGGUCACAACAUAGAGACCUGCUACCAUGUCUCCCUCACAGAGAAGACGUGCCGAGGCUUUCUAAUUAAGAUGGGAGGGAAAAUUAAAACAUGGAAGAAACGAUGGUUUGUUUUUGACAGAAACAAGAGAACUUUUACUUACUAUGCAGACAAACACGAAACGAAAUUAAAAGGUGUAAUAUAUUUUCAAGCUAUUGAAGAAGUCUAUUAUGAUCAUCUAAAGAAUGCAUAUAAGAGUCCCAAUCCACUACUCACUUUCAGUGUUAAGACACAUGACCGGAUAUACUAUAUGGUUGCUCCAACGCCAGAAGCCAUGAGAAUAUGGAUGGAUGUUAUUGUUACAGGCGCAGAAGGCUACACCCACUUCAUGUUAUAAUAAAAUGGGGCAAUAGGGCAUAUUGCAAUAACCUAACAUAUGAAGUUAGCCAUAUGUAGUAAAAUCCGAAAAGCCACAUACAUUGCUGGUGAAUGCUCAGAAAUACCCUCCUUAUGAUGUGCACCCAAAACGUCAGAAUGAAAGGGUUUUAUAAAUGCACUGAAAAGGAGGACCUGUUGCUUAUUUUAGUUGAUCUGUAUAGGAGCAAAAGAGCUAAAGCUGUUCAGUCAUAGUGCUCUGAAAUGGAUAAUCAGGCAGUUUGAAUGACAGCAUCUUAAUUCAAUGAUAGUUUUGUAAAAAUUCUCCUAUACAGAGAAUGUCUUCAUAAACUCAUACUAAACAGUUUACAAAUGUGCGUGUUCUCAUCUGUAUGCAACAAUUCUAGUAAUGGAACAAAAAGGUAUAAUAGCAUAUAUUUUAAUAUGCAGCAUUUGACAUUUAUAGAUGAUUAGCUGACUUUUUAAAACUCUUUUAGUCAAGUAUUUUAUAAAACAAAAAGAAAAAAAAAAGGAAACCUAAGGUACACACACUUGCCUUAGUAGUUAAGCAUUACAACAGAGCCAAAGAGUUAUACAGUUCCCCUAUCAUAAUGUUUUUCUUUUUCAAAUUGUUAGUUGUACUUUAGCUUUCUGUAAUAGGACAGUGCCAAAACUCUUCCUGACUUUUAACAUAAUUAAAUUGUUAAAAUAUUCUGUAUAGUCAAAUAACCCAGUUGCACCAACUGGAUAUUUUGGAUAUUUAAAGUCUGCAUAUGUGCAGCUCAACAAAAAAAAAAAAAAAAGAAAGGAAACUGACAUUAGAAGGAAACUUUAUCAUAAGGAGGUGUUUUCUUAAACUGCCUUGUUGAGUAAAUUGCGCUGGAUCUUACACCAAUUUUCUUUUGAUGUAGUCAGGUCCCAGAAUGGUUCUAAUCUUACUGUGUGCCAAGUGAACGCUCUACUCAGAUGUCUCAGAUACUGGUCCCUGUGAGGCCAGUGUCAAAAUUCACUGAAGCCAAGAUUUCAGUCUAGAAUAUUUGUUUUUUAUAUGCAUGUCUGUACAAAGUAAUGCUGUCACAUAGAAUGCAAAUAAAGAGGCAAGUUCUAAGAGUUUACACUAAGCAGUGUAUAAAAAAAAAAAAAAAAGAAAAAACCCAAAGUUUUAAGUAACUGAAAUCUGAAGAUACAGUGGUCCCCCAUUUUAAAACUACUUUCAGGUCCUUGACAAAUGUUGCAAAAACAUAGAAGUAUUUAAUGGAACUGAAUUUCAAGAAAGUCUCAUAUAUUACGACUUUAACGAGGUCCUCAUUCCAGUAAGUAAGAGUUGUAUGUGCUAUGUGGUUUGUGUAAGUAAAGCAAGCCCAUCAGACAUUUUCCCUUAAUGAAAAGUUAAUGGCUUUUGAUGGAGCAAAUUAAAAACUGAAAGCAGAAAACAAAAUAGGCUGACAGUAUUUUUAUUGUACUUUUAAAACCCUGUAUCUGUAAUGAACGGGUAUUAAUUUUUUGUGGUAUACACAGGUGACAUGGUUGGUCUAGCAUGAUGUACACCACUUGUGACUUGAAUCAUGAAAGAAGGGACAGUUAUCAUCUGUGCAGAUCACCAUAAGACGCUUGUAAUCUAACGAUUUAAAGCACUAUCAGAAAUUAAUUGCUUUGGUUUAUAUAAUUAUUAUUGUUCCCUGAUGUAUCUUGAUUUUACUUAUAAGUAUGGUUUUCUAAUCAUGAUUUUUGUAUCCUGCAUGAUGCAAUGAAGGCAUUUCAGUAAAUGUUUUUAAAAAUA